CACUGUUAACAAGACUGAAAAGGAUGGUGGUAACCUCUGGGUUGUUGCCCCUGCUAUUCCUCUCGGGGACUUUAUUCAUGACUUAGGUCUCCAGGAUCCAGUGUACCAAGGUGACCAAUUUAUUUGGACUAAUAAAAGAAUGGGGGCGGCCUGUAUUCGUGAAUGGUUGGAUAGAGAUCUUUUCUCUCAGAACUGGUUAGAAAGUUUCCCUGAUACUCUUCUUAAGCAUUUCACGGAUCAAGGUUUUGAUCAUAGAGUUAUAAUUCUCUCGGAUAAGCCCUAUGUUAGGAAUAGUCGACCUCUUUUUUGCUUUGAUGCUCGUUGGGCAGAUAACCCAGAGGUCAAAGCAAUGGUGACUUAUGUUUGGGCUGAGGAAGUGUCUGGUAACCCGACAUACCAGUUAUGGGAGAAAUUGAAGAAGCUUCGCCACCUUCUUUAUGACUGGAGCAGAGCAGGUACUACGAAUUCGCUCAGAAAUAUUAAGACCCUCCAGGCUGAAAUUGAUAGGGUCAAGCUCUGCCGUCCGAUUAAUUGGGAGGAGGUUAGGGUGUUGGAGACUGAGCUUAACAAACAAUGGGAGGCUGAGGAGGCCAACUUCGUUGCAGGACUUCACAAUGAGGAGGGUGAGUGGGUUACGGAGGAAAAAGGGAGGGUUGAUAUUGCAAAAAUUUUUUUAUCAACACCUCUUUACCUCAGAGACCCAGGUCCUGAACAUGGAAGCCAGGAUUGAUACCCUUCCACUUGACAGUAAGGUUUCUGCGGAAAUGAACGCGGUUCUUACGGCGGAAGUCCUUCCGCACGACAUUCGUAAAACGGUGUUCUUGAUGGGCUCUAAGCAAGCUCCAGGUUUGGAUGGGUUUACUGGGAAAUUUUUGAAGUCUUUUUGGGGGAUAGUGGGGACCUCGGUGAUUGAUGCGGUUCGUUCUUUUUUUAACACGAGCAAAAUGCUUCGUAGCUUCAAUCACACUUGGCUUACACUAAUACCCAAAGUAGACAAUGUGGAACACAUGAAGCAGCUUCGCCCUAUUAGCCUCUACCAGUUUGUGUAUAAAAUCAUUACCAAAAU